AUAUUAAUCCCCACUCUCUGCUUUAAUUAAUUGUCAAAAAUCUAAUUUCUUGUUUAUUCUUGAAUUGUAUAAUCAUGGCUGAAGAAACCAAGAAAUCUGUUGCUGUUGCCGUGGCUGCGAGUGAAGAGGUUGUGGUAACUGAUGUGCCGGUGCCUGGGAAACCCACGGAGAAGGAGGCGCCACCACAGCCGGAGGAGGAGUGUGAGGUAGAAAAGGCUGAGAAACCGGCGGCGGAAGAGGUCGUUAAAGGUGGUGCUGUUGAAGAGAACAAAAUAACUGAAUCGGCUUCGUUUAAAGAGGAAAGCAACAAGGUCGAUGAUCUGAUUGACCCCCAGAAGAAGGCGUUGGAUGAAUUCAAAUUGUUGGUUCAAGAAGCACUUAAAAAGCAUGAAUUCACUGCUUCGCCUCCGCCGCCUUUGGCGAAGGAGGAAGAAAAGAAACCUGAAGAACCGAAAGCUGAAGAGAAGAAGGAAGAAAAAGAACCAAAACCUGAAGAGAAAAAAGAUGAAGAAGAAUCAAAACCUGAGGAUAAAAAAGAAUCGUGUGAGGCUCUUUCUGAAGUUCCACCGCCGCCAGAACCAGAGGUCUCGGCGGAGAAAGAGAAGGAAGAGAAACCCACUCCACCGGCUAAGGCGGCAGAGCCAUCAGAAUCUGUUGUUGAAAAAAUUGAAGAAAAAGUUGCAGCUGCUGUUGAAGAAAUAAAAGAAACUAUAGUUCAUGAAGUUCCACCGCCACCAGCAGAGGAGUUUACCCCUGCCCCGAUGGAGAAGGAAGCAGUGAAAGAAACAGCACCGCCGCCGCCGCCACCGGAGGAGGUUUCCAUCUGGGGAAUCCCACUUUUGGUCGACGAAAGAAGCGAUGCAAUUCUCCUCAAAUUCCUCAGAGCCAGGGAUUUCAAGGUCAAAGAAGCCUUCUCGAUGCUGAAAAGUGUUGUAGCCUGGAGAAAAGAAUUCAAGAUUGAUGAACUCUUGGAAGAAGAAACCAUUUGUGAGGGGAUUGAAAAGGUUGUGUAUAUGCAUGGAGUGGAUAAAGAAGGACACCCCGUUUGUUAUAACGCAUACGGAGAAUUCCAGGACAAGGAUUUGUAUAACAACACAUUUGCUGAUGCUGAGAAACGAGCCAAGUUUUUAAGAUGGAGGAUUCAGUUUCUGGAGAAAAGUAUAAGGAAGCUUGAUUUUAGCCCAGAAGGUGUUUGCACAAUUGUCCAAGUGAAUGAUCUGAAGAAUUCCCCUGGACUUUUCUUAUUCAAGAAAGAACUCCGCCAGGCCACCAACCAGGCCCUCCAGUUGCUCCAAGACAAUUAUCCUGAAUUUGUUGCCAAACAGGUUUUCAUCAAUGUUCCAUGGUGGUAUGUGGCUUACAACAGGAUGAUCAGUCCGUUCUUCACUGAAAGGACCAAAAGCAAGUUCGUAUUUGCAGGCCCGACUAAGACUGCAGAAACCCUCUUCAAAUACAUAGCACCUGAGCAAGUACCAGUUCAAUAUGGAGGCCUCAGCCGGGAGGGUGAACGGGAAUUCACAACGGCUGAUCCUGCAACUGAGGAAUUCAUCAAGCCAGCAUGCAAGCACACUAUUGAACUGCCAAUUCCUGAGGCAUGCCAAUUGGCUUGGGAGGUGAGAGUGGUAGGCUGGGACAUUUCCUAUGGAGCUGAGUUUGUACCCAGUGCUGAGGGUGGAUACACUUGGAUUGUACAGAAAUCGAGGAAGAUCGGGCAUUCCGAUGAGCCAAUAAUCUGCUGCAGCUUCAAAUCCGGUGAACCUGGCAAGAUUGUGCUCACACUGGAUAACCAAACUUCAAAGAAGAAGAAGCUCAUCUACAGGUCCAAGAUUAAGUCUGAUUGAAAUUCAUGAAUAUAAUGCAGUAAAAUGAGAAGGAUUCCUUUUGUUCGAUUCAUAUAUAUAUUCUUUGGUUUUGAGUUAUAAUGUCUUGGGGAGAAAUAUUUGAAUAUUUGUUCUCAUUUUUCUUUAUUUAAAGUUUCUGUGUUUGAUUGUAUUAAGUAAAUGCAAGGAUAGAAGAAACUGUUUACAGCAUGUUUGCAACACAAUAGUAGACAAGAAUGAACGGGAUUUUCACUUAUUUGAUACUGUCCAGCACAGUCUACAUGCCGCUAGAUCUGUAUACAGGGGAUUGGUUUCUGUAAAAUUUAUGUAAAUUUGAAAAUUUGCUUAUUUAUCAUGGAUGAUGAUAUUAAAUGGAUUAUUUUUAAACUU